AUGCCGCCGUCAUCUCUCCGAUGGGACGAGUCCCAGAUGCCCUCACAGCACGGCCGCUUGAUCAUUGUCACCGGUGCUAACGCUGGCUUGGGGUUCUCCACCUCUUUUGGCUUUGCUCGUGCCGGCGGUCAUGUGAUUUUAGCCUGCCGCAACGAAACUCGUGAGUACAUGCAACUGGACAUCGGGUCGAUGCAGAGCGUGCGCGAAUUCGCUUCGGCCUUCAAGACGCGCUUCUCAGGGCGUCGACUCGACAUUCUGGUGCUGAACGCUGGCGUUAAGGCCGUAGAGUACGGCGAAACAGUGGACGGCUUUGAACAGCAGUUCGGCGUGAACCACUUGGGACAUUUCGCUCUUGUAUUAAUAGCGUUGCUGCUUCCUGUGAUGAAAAUGGACGCGUCAGGAACUGCUGACGUCCAGCCAGCGCGAGUCGUGUCGAUCAGUAGCAUCUCCCAUCACGGAAGCUCAUUGGACAUGAAGCAACUGAGUGUGAAGCCCAAGAACUACGACGCGAUGAGCGCAUACCGAGCCUCCAAACUAGCGAAUUUGUUGUUUGCCUAUGAGCUGCAUCGGCGACUUGAAAAAUGUGGCCUUUCGCCUACGCAAGUUCUGUCAGUGGCUUGUCACCCCGGUGUCACCGAGAGCAACUUGCUGCCGAACCUCGCAAGCACUUACAACUCCGUAAUCAUUAAGGCAAUCAUCGGUUUUGUUCACUGGCUGCCAUGGGCGCAGAGCAACGCUCAAGGCGCGUUAAAUAUCUUGUGUUGCGCCACGGAUCCAAACGUUGUCGGUGGUGAGUUUAUCGGACCUCAUGGGUUGAGUGAGUUCUACGGUUGGCCACGGACGGUGGCAUCGAGUAAGCAAAGCAUUUCAUUAGACAAAGCUCGUCAGCUUUGGGAGGAGAGCGAGAGACUCACGGGAAUCAAGUUUUCUGUUAAAGACUAA